AUGUCACAACAUGCUGAACAGCUUCAGUGUGGUUGUAAAGGUAUCCGAUCCUGCCUUGUCUGCGAAAAAGAAAGGAAAAUAAACCUUUCUAUAGACAAGUGUUCCAGGAAAAUACAUUAUUUUUGUGACCUCUGUAACAAAGCCUUUGAAGAAAGCAAAAAUGAAGACCAUCCAAACCACCAAGGGAAGCCUUUGGAAUUUCCAGGAAUCUUCAUUCAGAGAGACUUUUUGUCACUUGAGGAGGAAUCGGACAUUUUAAAACAUAUCUAUCAAAGUCCUUUUGUUGAAUCUCAGUCUGGAAGACGGAAACAGGAUUAUGGUCCAAAAGUGAAUUUCAAGAGGAAGAAGGUUAAAUCUGAACUUUUCACAGGACUUCCAAACUUCAGUAAACCACUUUAUGAGAGAAUGACAUCAAUAGAAAUUCUGAAAGACUUCAAACCAGUAGAGCAAUGCAAUUUGGAAUAUGUACCAGAAAGGGGGGCAUCGAUAGACCCCCAUUAUGAUGACUUCUGGUUGUGGGGUGAGAGGCUCGUGACCUUGAACUUGGGGUCAGACACAGUACUUUGUAUGACAUCAUCAGAAUGCCCUGAUGUAAGCGUUCACGUGCCUAUGUGUCGUCGUUCUUUGAUCGUUGUUUACGGUCCGGCCAGACAUACAUGGAUGCAUGGAAUUCAUAGGUGUGAUAUCACUGACCGUAGGAUAGCUAUAACAUUCAGGGAGUUGUCUGCAGAAUUUCAACCUGGGGGUGAAAAAGAAGAAGUAGGACGGAAUCUUUUGGACAUUGCUUUGACAUUUGAAGGUGUUUCUGUUGGCUCAAUGAAAGAGUUAUAGUUUCGUAUGGAAAGUUUUUAAAAAUACCUUUUAUUCUUUGAUAAAAAAAAAAAAAUUGAGUUGAUACAAUUGUCAAAAACAUGCACAAAUGUAUUAAUAUUAUUAUUUUUUAUUUUUUUGGGAGGAGCUUUGAUAUUUUCAAUUUGGUAGGAAGUACACAGAGAAAUUUGGUGAUGAAAAAUAUUUUUUUUUUCCUUUAGACUAAAAGUAUGUGUAUAUGUAUAUUUAUACCCCCCGCUUGAAAAGUGGGAGGGUAUACUGUAUUCGGUAUGU